CCGUAACGCAGUACAGUACAGUACAGCCCCGUUACAGGCAAGCGGUAACUGUGUCAGCCGCAACUUGUCGCGCUUCAACUUCAACUUUUUCCAGCUCCAACUUCAGCUUCAACUUCAUCUUCAUCUUCAUCUUCAUCUUCCACAACUUCGAUCUCCAUCUCCAUCUCCUUUCUCACUCUUUCAUUCUCAUGCCCAUACGUAUCCGUCUCAUCCUCUUUCUCCACAUCGUCCGUCGAGUUUCCUCCCUUAUUCCCGCUCUCCCAUCCCAUCCAUGUAGCCUGCCUGCCACCUCGCCUAACCUAACAUGACGUCGUUGAUGUACUCGAUACCAAGCCCCCAACGCUCUUGUUGCUGAGUCCGACCACCACCUCUAUUAUUCCGAACUGUCUCACCAACUCCAACACCCCCCAGCUUACAGGGCACCAAGGCUCUCGUCCAAGCCACCAACUCCCGUUUUUUGCCUCUUCUUAAAAUAUCUCUCUGCCUACAGACAACAUCCUUAUAUAUAUAUAUAUAUAUAUUCCACACUGUCCCUUUUCAACUACCCUCCUUAUCUUGUAUCUUCGGAUAAAGCACCGAUUUUCCCCCUUGGUCUGCCGCUGGAGUGGGGAACUUUCUCCCAACCUAAUCACACUCAGCUGCACUUUGUCUUCUAACUCGCCCAGCCCGAGACUCUUUAUCGGAAUUUUCCCUUUUGCUCAAAGUCUAAGGUGGACUCUAUUUUUUGAUCGGAUUCCUUCAUAAUAAUAUUAUAACUCGAAUCUUCCCUCCCUUCGACCCACCAAGCAGUCAUGGCAGCUGUAAAUUCUUCAGCCGACAAGACGUCGGAUUUCACGAAACCACAUGUUACCGCUCCUGUCAACGAGAUCCCAGCAACUCCAUCUGUAUCUGAACCGCAGCAAGAGUUACAGCAGGAGGAACAACAUCAACAUACCAAACCAGGCAUUCAUUCGACAGAGGCAAAGAAGUCGGACACAACGAAUAGCGAAGAAAAUAAUGAAUGGCGACUCAAAUCUAAGAAGUCUGUCGAAUCCAGCGCAGUUGACAAAAGCGAAUCGCAACAGCGGCCAUCCAACAUCCCAAAUCCCAUAACCACCAUGCGACCUGUUUCCCCUCUAAAUUCUCUCAGCUCUACUCAACCAUCUGCAUCUCCACAUCGUGCGAGAAAUCCCUACAUGUCUCCAUCAUCUCCUAAUCGCGGAUUCCGUUCUGCUUCUCCUCGCCUUCACUCGCCUGCUUCCUCGCAAAUUUUCGAACGGAGUGUCCAGGAAGAUUUCGCACCAGCCCAAGCUUCCCCAUCUAUACCCUCACAUAUCAUGACAGAAAACCACAUCCCCCCAAUCCUUGGCGCCUCAUCUGCUGCUUUGACCGACGAGCGUCUCGAUCCAGACUCUGUUGAAAUCAUCACUCAUAACUUCCACCAGCCUGCCUCGCUCAGCGUGACUGGCGGCCAACCUGAACAGGCAGUGACGUCGUCUUGGCAUGAAGAUCUCAACCCACAUUUACCCCCUGACGCGGAAGAUUCGGUUUCAAAUUACGGCGGGUUGGACCCAUCUGACAUCAGGCGCCUAAGCUUCGUAUCAUUCGCUGACGUUGUCAACGGCGAACAUGCUGAAACAGACCAUGCUUCAAACCGCGAUUCUAUGUACAUGGCGGGUCUCUCGACUAACGCUGCCUUGUUCGCUGCGCAGAACCGCUCUCCAUCUCCAGUACGCUCUCCGGUCUCGUCCCACGGUUUCGGUACAUCGCCGCCAACAAGCGUAUCGCCUUCUACAAAGGGGUUGGAUAACUCUCCUAAUCGCGGGGGUUGGGUGGCCGGGAGCCCCCGGCUCUGCGGCCAUAGUCCCCCUCCUGGCACUUUUGGUGGUGAGUUGAAUGUUGAAACCAUGCGGCAGGCUCUCCGACGGACUGGUUCCGGCGAUUUUGGUGGAUUCCGCAGUCAACCCAUGAGUGCCGUUGGGAACGACGAUGGGACAUAUGAUCGUCCCUUCAAGUAGUCAUAUCCUCUCACCCACCCACACGUUAAGAGGGAUGAUGCUCCUUUGUAUAUUUGGUUUGUAUUUUUUUGGUCCUUUUUCCCAUAUUUUUCUGGUCUCAUCUCUUACUACUUUUGCUUCUCUUUUUAUUCAACGAUUUUAAUCAAGAGGUGGGUAGAUAGGAGUUGUCUCUUACCUUUUCAUUUCCGACGUAUUGGUUUUCGGGAAAUUUGUAACACUGACUUUGCUGUAAUUUUCCCAUAGCCUUUCUUCAUGAUAAGCAGAACAUUCUGGGAGGUUUAUUUCGUUUGUUUCUUUUUCUUUCUUUCUUUCCCUUUUAUUUUGGCAUACGUCUUUCUGCCCUUCUUUGGUUCCAGUUCUCUUGCGUAGUUCCUUCGAACUAUCUCUGUUGUUUGUCUUGCUUUGGCAUCUACGAUUUUCUAUUUUGCUUUCUAUCUUUUUUUUUUUUUUUUUUCUGAUUCCCCCAGGAGAAAUCCUUGCAAAUUCGAAUUUAACCCAAGACCAUAUAUUUCGCAUUCCAAAUCUUUUAGGAAUCAUGUUCAAGCUAGCUAGCUAAAUUGAGCAGCCGUCUUUUUUCUACUAUCUAUCUAUAUAUCUAUCUAUCUAUUUAUUUAUUUUAUUUAUCCUUUGAGAAACUCCACAA